AUGAGGGCUUCUCUUAUGAACGGGGUCCAUACACAGCUAUCCCCCGGAAAUGACAAAGUCGUCGGAAUUAGCACAGAUGGCUCAUACCUCGCGGGGCGGAAGCGAAAGGCAUCGGACUCAUCGUCGCCAACAGCCAAGGGCCCUGUGCAACGGCAGAAGAUUACACGAGCAUGCGACUACUGCAAGGAGAAGAAGACGCGGUGUACGGGGACGCUGCCGUGUAUGAGAUGUACACGCCUUGCGCUCCGCUGCGAGUACAAUGCGGCGUACUCGCGAGGCCUGCCGCCGGAUCCUUUGCCUGCGCCGCCGCCGUCGUCGUCGUCGCUGGUGAACUAUGCAAAUGAGGACCAUGUGCGGGGUGGUACUCGUACUGCGCGGAGUUCAAUCUCUCAGCGAUCGUCGAGAGAGUCGCCCAGGACUGGUGGGGGUUUGCGAUCGCAGCAUGGUAGAGCUGGUUCGGAGGUGUCGCUGCGUGAUUCGCCGGAGCCGGUUGUCACGGACUUUGAGGGUAAUUAUCUCGGGCCGGCGUCUGGGGUGUCGUUUUUGAAUCGCGUCUGGAGCCGCCUUCAUCAGGAUGAGUCGUCGGCUAUCCCUGGCGAACUGCAGGAUGAAUCUGUUUCCAGGAUUACCUCCGUUUUCAAGUUCGGGGAUAAGCCUUAUUCGAACUACCGGGAGGCUGGCUUUACGCUACCACCUUUCGAGAAAGCUCUGGAGCUGGUGGGCAUUUACUUUGACUUUUCGAUGGUGACUUACCGUUUCUUGCACCGAGGAAGUGUAGAGGAGUGGCUCAAGCAGGUUUAUGCAGACAAUAUCUGUUUCGCGAACCCGCCUACCGGCGUUAUGGUAGCCCGAACUGCCAUCAUCCUUAUGAUCUUCGCUGUAGGUACUCUAUAUGAGGAGCAGAGGCCUGGUGACCCAGGAGAAUUUCGCAAUGAAAGCGAACGAUGGUAUGCGGCGUCUAGAUGGGCAUCUUCUAUGGAAUCCGGUCCCCCUCGAUUAGAGAGUGUCCAAUCACGACUAGGUCAAUGUCUCUACUUGCUUUCAUCAUCACGGGCCAAUGAAUGCUGGUAUACCUUCGGCACGGCUCUCCAGCUAGUAACGGCUCUCGGAUUGCAUAGAAAAUACCCGGCGAAGAUGUCAAAGCACGGCAACUCGUAUCUGGAGCAACAACUCCGCAAAAGGAUUUUCUGGAGCGCCUAUACGCUGGAUAAAUACCUCAGCGUCAUGUUUGGGAGACCGCGGUUGCUCCAUGACGAAGAUACCGACCAAGAACUCCCUGAUGAGAUCAACGAUGAAGAUAUAUUGGAGGAAGAUCCCCGGCGCCGGACUGGUUCCCCAGAUUGUAUGAUGAUUGCAUCUGUGCUUCACUACAGGCUUGGCCGUAUACUUGGUGAAAUAUCUCGACAGCUUUACACUAUCAACCCUCAUACUCAAGAUUCGCCUCUUGAGACCGCGGCUCGUCUUGCCUCGGAUCUUGAGAAAUGGAAACAGACUGCACCACCUUUGUUCAACAGUGUCCGAGCGACGAGUCUGAUCCCGCCACUUUGCAGACAGAGUCAGGUAUUACAGCUUGCAUAUUCACACGCGAUGAUCCAUGCAACCCGGUCAUUUCUGUUGAAUGAUUUCACAGACCUCAGUCGUCGACCAUCGGUUCCACAUCCGAUGGUCUCGAGCCACGUGCGCAAAUGCAUAGACGCCGCGGAAGACGUGAUGAAAUUAGUGGAUAGCCUGGCCAAACAGGGAGUCUUGAUCCAGUCAUUCUGGUUUACGCACUAUGUGUGCUUCUGCGCCAUCAUCGUGGUCUAUAUCCACACUAUUCAACAAUAUCGACUCGCCUCGGAUCCUGACACCGCUUCCCCUAGGAGUGUAGAAGACAGCGGCUAUCUUCAUACACUCUUCAGUCUUGCAGAGACUUGCCAACAACAUCUGGCUGAGGCUACCCGCAAGAAUUGCCCGAGCCGCCGCUAUAGUAUCAUCCUGGAGGAGUUGAGAAAGGAAGUACAUCGGCAGAUGGGAACACCUAUUCAGCCUGAGAGUCCGGAAAACUCUCACGGAAAUCUGCGUGGCAAUCACGUACGAGGUAAAGAGACUCUCAUGGUGGGUCAAGCGCAUGCAGCCCCGGUGCAUGUCGAGCAACCGGCCCCUAUGUUUACCAACACGACGGUUCAUCAGCCCGCACCUAACGGUAUCCAAUCGCCGAAUUUCCUGGAAGGGCCCGUUGGAAAUUCUGAAGACUUUGGUAUUCUUGAUAAUCUUGAGGGCUCGAUCUGGUGGGCUCAGCUCGAUUCCUGGGCGUUCUCGAAUCCUAUGAGUGAUCCUUCUACGAUGCCCUUCUGA